UUGUUGUCAUAUACGGUACAUACCACAUCAGAGUGGGAGACAACGGGAGAAAAAGAAGGUAAGGUGGCCCAGCCCUGUCUGUUCCUGGUACAGUGGUUCCUAUUUACGGUUUGGCGACGGCGUCACGAUUAGUGUGGAAAUAGUUAUGUAGGCUCUCGUAAGGUGCAGAAGCGCAGCAGACCCAUGUCGUCUCCAACAAAAAAUAUAUAGUCUUACAUCAAACAGCGGCUUAUUUUUUUUGUUUUGUCUCUCUUUCCCCUUGCCCCCCCCCAGAGGUGCGCCGGGAUGGAAUGGAUGCGAAACGUCAUUUUCGGCGAGGGCAACGAAGGAGAAACCUCGUCACCAGUCAGGAUUAUUACGAGGCAUUUCACGGCGACCGGCGAGGAGAAAGAGGACAGCGAUGAUGCAGGAACACAUCGUGAGAUGUAUCCAGCGCGCAAGAGUAAGUUGAAGCCUCUUGGCUGUUAGGGUCACAUUAGUCGCAGCAGUGAAUACCUUUGUAGUCGUGUCAUCCCUUGUUUGUUCUCCUGUGUGUUACUCCAUUCGUUACGAACGAUCGGUGUGUCGCCCUGUUCAUAUUCCGACGACAUUGCCGCGAAGAAAGGUGAACGCUCCAGACCGUCCAAAAGAGAGCAGAUUGCGUCGGAGUCUAAUAUUUUCCUUGUUGUGUUUCGAAUGCUGUUGGGUGCAAGUACGCCGAGAGGACUCCGACGAGGAGGAGGAUGACGGCGACGUGGAGGAUUCGGACGAAGAGGCGGAGCGCGACAAGGAUGCAGUCCGUGAGAUGCAUGAAGCCGCCAGAGGAUUCGGUGAUAUUUCGGAGUUGUACAAGGUGUACGUGAAAGAGCGUAAGAAUUCCGUGGCCGCGGAGCUCUCGUACCCCAGUGAAAGAUAUCAGAUCUCAAGACCGCGCGGGCAAGUCCUGUACGACAUCGCCGGGUGGGCGACCAGCAAGGCUUUGACGCAUCAAGCAAGACACAAUCUUUCCCAGGAUUGGGUGCGUGUCGUCCAACACAACACUCGCCGGUCCAGUCGGGAGGCGAUGUUUACUAAUGUCAUGCUGAGAGAUUUCGUAGCGGGAGUCGAUCACAAGAACGACCUGAAGAACGGUCCCGGACUUCUUUACCCGACGAUGGAUUGGGUAGAGUUUGUGUAUGCCGUGGAGAGGGGCAUCUUCCAUUUUCUGAAAAACCUUAUCUUCCUUGCUGCUGGCCUUGGGGACUUACCAGCCCAGAUUUUCAAAGUUGUAAGCGAGGCGGAGGUCGUGGAGGGAACGUGGGGAAACUGCUGUCCACCUGGUCCUCCCGCCAUCGACCCUUGUGUAUCCCAGGAUAUGUUUCUUUUCGAAGUCGGGAAGAUCCUUGACGUGCGAGUGGGUGACUACGCGAAGAGUGUAACGGAAAAUACUUCCCUCAAGUUCACGAAGGCCGCGCUUGGUUUACGGCAACAGCUAAACGCACAGGUCAACACAAAGGGACGGGCGGGUGGAGGGGCCGGUAGUGGCGGAGCAGAGGGAGGUGUACAGGGGGACG